AUGAUAGACCUUUUCAUGCCCUUUCGGGCAUUUCUGAAAUUCGAAAACGUGUGUACGGAUAACAAUAUUUUUCGGAUGCACUACAAAGCUACUGUGAUAAUGCUGCUUGUAUUCACGCUGAUGGUGACCUCGAAGCAGUUCUUCGGCGAGCCGAUCCACUGCAUGAGCGACAGCGAGAAAGAUAGUGACAAGGACGCGAUAAAUAGCUACUGCUGGAUCUACGGAACUUACACGCUGAAGAGCAGCCUCCAUGGAGUCGUUGGAAAAAACAUGGCCUACCCUGGAGUGGGACCCCUGAAAACUGGCAAAGAUGAAGAGAUCAAGCACACUUACUACCAGUGGGUGUGCUUUGUGCUGCUCGGACAGUCCGUCAUGUUCUACACUCCUCGGUACCUGUGGAAGAUCUGGGAAGGAGGCCGACUCAAAGCUUUGGCUUCGGAUCUAAGCAGCCCCCUCGUGACAAAAGACUGGUCGGAGUUCCGUCGCGGCGAGCUGGUGUCCUACUUAAGCUAUACCAACAUCUACACGCAUAACAUGUACGCGCUGCGGUAUGCCUUCUGCGAGCUCCUCAACCUUGCCAAUGUGGUUGGCCAAAUAUUCCUCCUGGAUAUAUUUCUGGGCGGAGCAUUCCGCAACUACGGCGCUGCAGUCGCUGCGUUCACACACACACCGCGCGUUCCCGCCAACAUGAUAGAUUUCGCAUCCGUCAACCCAAUGGACCAAUACUUCCCGAAACUCACCAAGUGCUGGCUAAGAAGCUAUGGACCCACUGGCACCCUGCAGCUUAAAGACCGACUCUGCGUUCUACCCCUUAACAUUGUCAAUGAAAAGAUCUUUGUCAUUCUCUGGUUUUGGCUGAUCUUUCUCGCUUUCAUGUCGACUGCUGCUGUCCUUUUUAGAUUUCUGGUCCUGUCAUUCUCUCCACUCCGUACUGCACUCAUCAUGGCACAGCUACGUUACAUCAAUAGGAAUAUUGUGAGUAGAAUCGUAAAGCGCUUUGGAUUCGGUGACUGGUUCAUAUUGUACUUGCUGGGCAAUAACAUGAAUCCGAUAAUUUAUAAAGAAUUGCUCAUAGAACUGUCUAAAGAGUUGGAGCACAAAACUAUAAUGGUUUGAUGUUUAUUCGUAAAAUUUAAUUGUAAUAAGGAGGUUGUGACUUGUGAUUAGAUCUCAUGUUAAUAAUAAGUGUAAAUAAUUAUCAAAGACUGAUUAUAAGUAACAGGUUUUGAAUAGUUUGCCAUUAUUAUGUUCAUAUCAUAACUUCCCUAAUUAACUAAACUUGUCAUUAAAAUUUACCAGUUGAUUAAAAGGUAAUUAAUACACAUUUUCUAAAUGAUUUUUAUGGAAUAAUUUUCAAUAAUCUUUGUUACUGUACUGUGUACUGAAAUGUUUAUCAGAAGGAUGUUUUAUGUUUUGUUUUGCAUUUGAAUUGUUAUAUAUUAUUUAAAAUUAAUGGUUAUGAAUACUGAGUUAUUGUGAUUUAGGUACUUCAAAUUAUAAGUCUAAAUUUAUAAGAAUUAAUGAAAAAUGUAUGCUCAUAU